CCCGGAAGUCUAUUGUGAUGAGCACCUCCGACGCCGUCAACGCUGCUGCUACGCUACCGACACCCCGACCGGUUAUUUACCUCACGGGUGACUCGUUAACAGAGCGGGGAACCGAUCCGGAUAAUGCCGGUUGGGUCGCACUGAUGCAGCACCGCUACAACCGAUCGGCCCACAUCGUUCCACGCGGGUUGUCAGGCUACAACACCAAGUGGUUCAUUGAGUCGGCCUUGCCCGUGGUUGAGCGCGAGCUAUCCGGUGAAGUGCGCUCUCCGUCUUUGAUCACGUUGUGGCUGGGUGCCAACGACGCUGCCCUUCCGAAUGGCACCGCAGCACGCCAGCACGUCCCGCUAGCAACAUACAAGGAGAAUUUGGCUAUGAUCGUCCGUUCUUUCCAGGCUAAAGCUCCGCAGGCUCACAUUUUGCUAAUCACCCCGCCGCACGUGGACGACGCCGUCCGGAAGUCCCGCUCCCCAGUCGGCUGCGCUGAACGCACCAACGCUGCGGCUGGCGAAUAUGCACAAGCAUGUGUGGAGGUCGCUGGGGAGGUUGGCGUAGACGUGUUGGAUUUGCACUCGUUCUUCAACGCUAUGUCGGAGAGUGAACGUGCUGCGUGCUUGGAUGACGGACUGCAUUUCACCGCAAAGGGCAGCCGCUUGGUGGACGAACAACUGCAGGUCAAGAUUACUAAGGCAUUCCCCGACCUGGCGAAGCAACUUGAAGUCUGGCAGCUCCCCAACUUCCGCACCUGGAUGAAUGCGUAGCUUUCUUAAUGGUCUAGUCGACCUGAGUGAAGCUUCAACAUGUAUCCUGGAUAGAUAGAUGGUCACUUGCAAAUAAAACAAUUCCGCUUGCCUA